CCCACGUGAAACGAUGCCGUUUUGAAUCUGGGUGUGUGGCCGGCACCGGCGGCGGCGGCGACGACGACGACGACAAUGGGGAGACGGCCGUGCUGUGAGAAAGUUGGCCUGAAAAAAGGAAGGUGGACGGCGGAGGAAGAUGACCGGUUGAAAAAGUACAUUCUUGCUAAUGGUGAAGGCUCUUGGAGAUCCCUCCCCAAAAAUGCAGGGCUUCUUCGAUGUGGGAAAAGUUGCCGACUUCGAUGGAUCAACUAUUUAAGGUGUGAUUUGGUGCGGGGGAACAUUACGACCGACGAAGAGAAUCUUAUUAUUAAACUACAUUCUACCUUAGGAAACAGGUGGUCUUUAAUCGCGAGCCACUUGCCAGGCAGAACAGACAACGAGAUUAAAAAUUACUGGAACUCUCAUCUGAGCCGUCAAAUUCACACUAUCCGGCGCCGGAGCGGAAACGACGAUGGGUCGGUAAUUGUCGACGUGGCACGGCUGAGCCUUCCGCCGCGGCGGAAGGGCAGCCGUGGGCGGCGUAGCAAGGAAGCGGCGUUGGCGGUGGAAACAGAGACAGAAACAGAGACGGCGGCGAGAGAAAAAACUGUUUAUGGGGCUGUGGAUGAUCCAGCGGAGGAAAGAGUUAGUUCCAACGACAAAGUUAUUAGCAAAACGACAGAUGUUGGUGGGUCUGCGACGUUGAGUUUCGAUAAGGACGACAUGUCGUUGGACUUGGAUGCCUUUUUGGAUUGGGACAAUGAUAACGACGACGACGACGACGACGGAAAUAAAGUCACCGCCGGUACUGGUGGCGCCGAGGUGGAGACCGGCGGUGAGUGUAGUUCGAUUAGUUGUUCGUUCCGUCUGGAUAGUCCUUGGAAUUGGGAAAGCUUUGUCGGUGGGGAGGAAUGGGAGGCCGGAGAGGAUCUCCCCGCCGCCGCCGUGAUCGAAUCCGACGAUGUGAUUUCUUGGCUCUUAUCUUAAUCACCGGCGGCGGCGUGAUCUUGAUUUUGAAUGUUUGUAAAUUAAUGCGUUGAUUCUAUGGGAUUUUGGGAUCUUUAAUUUUGUAUAUUUUCUUUUAGCUUUAA